AAUCACACCACAACAGACACAGUCCCCGCCCAAGAACCCCCUCGCUGACUCCUCGAGCGAUGGAUCCGAUUGCGACAGCACCAAACACACACGAACAGUCAUUGUAGCGCGGGGUAACCUCGCACGCCUCCACCGCCAGUCCACCGCCUCCGUCCGCAGAAACACCAAACAAGCAACCGUCAUAACAGCCAACCCCCCAGCAACCGCUCCAUCGCCACCUCCUACGGCCAUGGUCCAUCUGUGCACUGGCACCUCCUCCCUCACAUAACACCUCCCCGCCACCUGGAGGAUGCCCAUCGACCGAAACACCCCAAACAACUCGCGGCCUCUGAAGCCUACGCUCGCUAGCACCCGAACCGCCGCCGCCGCCGGGAAGACGCCUGUCACCCCGCGCCUCGCCCUCGCGCCCUCGUCGCCAUCCAGCAGCGUCUCGCACACAAGUCGCACUGCGCGCAGCGCCAAUGGAGUCGCUCCGCGCCUCGCUGCUCCCAUCAAGGAGGACUCCGCCAAGUCCUUCCUCAGCAUCAAUGUCACGCCGCGCACAGCGACGCGCAAGUCGCGCGUAGGCGUAGGCAGCAACUCGUCCACGCCAAAUGCCUCACCCGGGUCGACCCCUAUUAGCUCGCGCCCCUCGUCCAUGGUUGAUUUUGCGCAUCGGGAGCACGGUUCUGCUCAAAGUGGGCCUUUAAUAAAUGCAAAUCACAGACCACGGAGCACGGUGGGGAGCAGCAAUCACAAUCUAACGCCAACCCCCCGGUUACCAUUAUCGAACAUCUACAACCACACGCCGCCCGAGACAAGCCAAACGAAAGAUGCCUCGUCUAUGUUUUUCCAUGUGAACAGUGUCAGGUCGCCAAAGGAGUCGGCGCCCCCACCAAAGCCGCCGCAGAAGAAGCCUGCAGUCUUCUUUCACGCAAAUGGGAACCAGGCUAACAGCCCGCGGAGGCCUUCCAUUCCAUCGCCACCGUCCUCGGCAGUAAGUAGGCCGUCCUCGGCACUAGGCAGGCCAUCCUCGGCUGUCGGCAAGGCGAAUUCAAGUGUUGGAAAGACGCCAUCCACUGUGAGCAAGCUCCAGCUGGGGAGCAAGUUUCUUCAUGCCGACUCAACACCGGAAGUCAGAUCUGCGCCAUUGUUGAAUCCAACAGCUGCUACGGUACCGGAUCUGCCGCCAAAUCCAACGACCGCUCCGCAGGGACCCGUGGCUCGAGCACCUUCGCCUAGCAAGGAUUGGGGACACUUGUCGUACCGCAAGGGUGCCUCACAAGUGAUUCGGCCGAACCUACACACGCGCAACUCGGCUCUAUCCGUUCUAUCUGGCAUUAGUGUUGCAGAGGAACCCGACGACUCGGGUAGGCGGUCCAGCAUUACUUCGUCGCUCAGCAGGCCCGGUCAUUACAAAAGCGCCAGUCUUUCUUCGAUCGACUCUGUCGCUGAUUUGAGGAGGGUCCCGUCCCACGAGGCCCGUAACGCUACACCUAGUCCCGCUCAUCACGGUAACCGUGCCACCAGCAAUGGCACAUCCCUGUCCGAUAAUACCGCGCCCACGCCGUCGCCGUUAGCUAUCAGCCAGAAUGCUCUGCCCUCACCCGGAUUGACCAGCCCCACGAGAAUUGCUGGAGGUCAAACACCACUGGAGUUGAUGAAUGAGCUUGCAGCGAACGCUCGACGAGAGCGGAAAGUGCUGGACCUUGAAAUAAGCAAUUCGUCCCUACUCGCGAUCAAUCGAUCGCUGGAGAAGGAGAUGCGUAAACAAAAGGCCGAACUGAAACGCCUGCGACGAAUGAGUCGCGCAGGCCGCUUCUCGAUGGACGCUCUUGGUUCGACAAUGGAUACAUUCACAACCAAGAAGGCAAGCGACCUCUCUGACAUGUCUGAAGUGGAAGAAGAGGAAGAUGAGAUGGAGGAAGCGCCUUCGGAGGAAGAUCCGGAGAGCAGCGAGUCCUCCUUCGACGGGAGUCUGCAAGGAAGCAGCGUCCAAGCAGAGCGCGACGAAGCCUAUCGCCUUAAGGACGAGAAGCGUCUUCAGCUGGACCUCGCCAAGCACCGCGACAUCCUCAUGGACAGCCAGCAGAUGAACGAGAGCCUGAAGCGCUGCCUCGGCUGGACCGACCAGCUCAUCAAAGACGCCCAGAAGGCCCUCGACUACAAAGUCAACAUCAGCGACGUCCGCCUCGGCGGCCGCGUCCUCGUCACCGAAGACGAUGAAGACGACCUCCACCAAGACGAAGCCCGUGGCCUCCUCAGCCCCUGGAGCCCGCCCCAGCGCGCUGCCGACUCACUCGACCCUCCCGUCCCGGACUUCGCACGCGCCGAGAACCGCGACAGCGGCGUCGACGUCGGCCGCCUGAAGCACGACCACGAGCAUGAUCUGCCUGACGACUUCGAGCCCCUUGGCUCCCCCUUCGGCGACAGACUCGCGUACCUGCACGCUGGCAUCGACGACCUCAACACAUAAACUCUUUUCUAUACAUAUGCAUGUAUUUCCUUUGUCAUAUCGAGCAUAUACCAGGCGCACUUGGACCGGCGCGCACUUGUUUCUUUCCCUUUCCGGCGCAACGGGCUCUCCUCUCUGCCGCGACAGCGCUUCUUGAAUCAUGCGCUGCUUUCAACUCGACUUUUGUACUACGGGCGAGUCACUGCAUGGCCGCACUGGCCGUGGCCACGGGGCUUUUCCGCCGCCGCGCGACGCCGCGGUUUUUCUUCCUUACUGGCGUGGGCUCGACCCGCUGUUGUGUUUUCUUGAGAUACCCCCGUUUUAUACUCGGCCUGACUCUGUAGUCUUGAAUGCAAGCUUACCUGACU